CUAAAAAUAUUUAAGUUUGAAUUUUAGUUAUUAACUUAAGUAGAAUAUGUUCGUUUAAACUAUCCCCCAUUGGUUUAGCUUCAAAUGUCAUUUUCAUUCGAUUGUCAUUGGUUCAAUUGUGCCUUGCAGUCUCGCGGAUAAAAAUGGCCGCUCUGUUGUCUUCAUGCUUGUAUUUGAUGAUAUGACACUAAAUUAUCGUAAGUUUUUUGUCGUAAUCAGCAAAAACUAGAAGAAACUCUAGCUUAUAUCUUAUAUUGACUUAAAAAUAGAAGUCAAAAUGUCUGAAAGUACUAGCCCUAGUGUUUUAAGUUAUCUAAGACAGUAUAGGUUUCAAAGGAAACCUAACGCUCCAGGGUCUAGCGGUACAGUGACCAUUGCAGGAUCAUCAUCAAACUCUCAUUCACUUAUAAGAAUGCCCGCUCCUGUGGCCAAUAGGAAUGGGCCAAUUGUUUAUAAACGGAUAAGGGUACUGGACUCGGAUUCUGACGAUUCUCCCUCACCAGCUAAAAAGCCUGCCACCAGUCAAGUAGAGCUCACCACAGCUGUUAAGGAGAGGAGAUUUCGGAAUAUGCUGGAAAUGUUUCCGGAGAUAAGUCCCAUGUUAAUAAAGAAUACGUUAGUGAAACAAGGCUGGAAUGAAGAACGUACAAGAGAUGAGCUGUUAAAAUAUGAUCCGGAAACUGAUGAUAAGGGCAUAUCAACCAACUUUAUAAGUCCACGGCCUAGUUUUUCUGGCAAUAUGGCACGGUCUAAUGGUAAUAUGGGUAUUGUGAGAGUGACUAGUGGUGGACCCAUUACCAUGGUAAAGAAAGCACUGGCUUCUAAAGGCGGGAGAGCCAGGCGGGGCAGUAGUGGCAGUGAGGAUGAAGACUAUGGAGUUAGGAAAGGAAAGGAUGAUAAAGUAUAUGACAGUGACGACUCUGACAAUGAAGUGACAGAUGACUUAGUGGGUGACAAACGUAAAGUGUUUGAAUUCCUGAACACAAGUAACAUGAAUGAGCUGUCAUUGUUGAGUGGCUGUUCACAGAAGAAGGCAGAAGCUAUUAUAGGAUUAAGGCCGUUCAAAGGCUGGGUAGAUAUGGUAGAAAAAUUCAAUAGUAACAAAUUACUGAGUACGGAGUUAUUAAAUUCGACUCAAGAAUUAUUAAGUACUAGGAACAAUAUCCAGCGUCUUAUGAAGAAGUGUGUAGGCUUGGCGCAGCAGCUGGAGGCCGCGGUGGCCGCUGGGGCCGGCAGACUUAAACAGCCUAGUAUUUUGGACCCAAGUUUAAAACUGGCUCCGUACCAGUUGGUGGGUUUGAACUGGUUAGCGGUACUGCACAAACAAGGAGUGUCCGGUAUACUUGCGGAUGAGAUGGGACUUGGAAAGACUGUGCAGGUGAUAGCGUUCCUAGCACACCUUAAGGAGACUGGCCAGGCGCGUGGUACACAUUUGAUUGUGGUGCCAGCAUCUACGUUAGACAACUGGAGUGGUGAACUGGCGCGCUGGUGUCCAUCGCUGCAUGUCAGCAAAUACUACGGCAACCCUGAGGAGCGUCGUCAGUUGCGUGUCGAGUAUGCACGAGGACUGGAUAACAUUGACGUUGUACUUACCACAUAUACAAUGGUGAGCAGUUGUCCUGAAGAGCGCAAGAUGUUUAGAAUUACGUCGAUGCAUUAUGUCAUAUACGACGAAGCUCAUAUGUUAAAGAAUAUGUCGACUCAAAGAUAUGACAAUUUAUUAAGGAUAAAGUCCAAGCAUCGUCUGCUACUGACUGGUACACCGCUGCAGAACAAUCUUCUGGAGUUGAUGUCUCUGCUUUGCUUUGUCAUGCCACAUAUGUUCUCCGGCAAGAAGGAUGACCUCAAGAGCUUGUUCCAAAAGAACGCGAAAGUAAAAACAGCAAAUAAAACGAACGGAACUACUUGUCCAGAAGAUGAUGUGCCAGCAUUCGAAGAGAGUCAGAUAACACAAGCUAAGAGGAUAAUGAAGCCAUUUGUGCUGCGUAGACUGAAGAGAGAUGUGCUGCAAGAUCUGCCCAAGAAGACCAACCACACAGAACUCUGUCCGAUGUCUGGCAGACAGCAGAUGCUUUAUAAGAAUCUCAUUGCUGCAUUCUCUGCUAAGGAUGGCACUAUUCACGCGACCACAGAACAGAGCGGUCUAUCGAUGAUGAUGGAUAUGCGUAAGCUGGCCAACCAUCCACUGCUGUUGCGUUACCACUAUACUGAGCCGGUGUUGAGGAAGCUGGCCGCCCGCCUUGCCCGGGACCCUGGAUACAAGGAGAAGAACGAACAGUAUGCUUACGAGGACCUGCUCUGUAUGUCCGACUUUCAGAUACACCAGUUGACCUUGAACUAUUCUAGUAUAAGAUCCCACUCCAUCCCCGACCACUUAAUCCUGGAUUCAGGUAAGUUCCAAAAGCUGGACGAGAUGUUACCGCGCCUGCAGGCGGAGGGUCACCGCGUGCUGGUGUUUAGCCAGUUCACCAUGAUGCUGGACAUCCUGGAGCCCUACCUCAAGCUGCGUCAAUACCGGUACUUGCGACUAGAUGGCAGCACCGCUGUAACUGACAGACAAGAGUUAAUAGACCAGUACAACGCGGAGGAUAUCUUCGUGUUCCUGCUAUCUACGCGCGCAGGCGGGCUGGGUAUCAACCUGACGGCCGCUGACACAGUCAUUAUACAUGAUAUUGACUUUAAUCCAUACAACGACAAGCAGGCUGAGGACAGAUGUCACAGGAUGGGUCAAACAAGACCAGUAACAAUAUACAGGUUGCUGAGCUCCGGUACUAUAGAGGAAGGGAUAUAUCAAGUGGCGCAGGAGAAGUUGAACUUGGAGAAACACGUUACAGGUGCAGACGAAAACGAAGCGGCGGAACAGAAGAAUGUGGUGCGAUUACUGUCAGUCGCGCUCGGCCUCACCUCGCCCAACAAAUGAUUGUUGGCCAAACCUAAUGACGUCAUCGUCGUCGAUUAAUACCAAACAAACAACGCUUGCAAAAAUGUGACCAACAAGUUCCAAUAUGGCUAAUAUUUGCCCGAUUGGUACUAACAUAUGUUCAAAUGUGACCAAUAUUUGCAAGCAGCAAUGUUUGCCCAAAUGUUGAAGGAUUGAAUAGUGACCAAUGUUUGCCCAAUAGUGACAUGUGCUUUGAAAAUAUACAGUGAAUUUGUGAUGUUUAUGUGAAUCCGGACGCAGUGUUCACGUAAGUGAUAUUUGUCUCACCUUUUGUUCAACUAUGGGUUUUGAUUGGUUUGACACUUGUUGGCAGAUGUUGUCUUGAUGUGCCAUUAUGAGUGUCAAUGUAGUCAAACACAUAUUUGGUAUAAUUUGAUUUGAUUAUGGGUU